CCCUGGUGGAAUAGUAACAGGGACAGUCAUCCGAGUUUUUAGAAAGAGGGAGCAGAGCAAGAAAUUAAAGAAAGACCUGCAUUUCUAUGGCACCCUUCACCACCUCAGGAUAUUCAGGAGCAGCCAAGGGUCUGUGAUGCCCAUGCUGCCUGCGAACCAGCCUCAUUUCAUUCGUUCCAACCAGAAGGAUGAGUACUACCUAAGCUCACUACGGAGCUGUGCCAAUGAUGUUUUCCAGAGCUUUGCUGGUGCGAGGCGAUGGCUGGAAUGGAGGAAGGAGAUAGAGUUGCUGGCAGAGUUGAUGUACUUUUCUCUAACCACAUUUGCAGGUUAUCAGACGCUGGGUGAGGAGUACGUUAACAUCAUCCAGGUGGACUGCAGUGGGCAGCGGGUGCCUUCCCGCGGCAGGCGGGCAGCUCUCAUCAUCCUUCACACCUGUGUUCCUUACCUGCUGGACCGAGGACUGAACCGCCUGGAGCUGGAGCUGCAAGCUGAGAGUGAGGGCAUCCACGGCUGGAGAGCAGAUGGGGUGCUGGCACGGCCCAGAGUCUCCCAAUGGCUGUGGAGCACGGUCAAUGCCCUGACCAGCCAGCAGAAGAAAGCGCUGCUGCAGGCCAUCUACAUCCUGCGACAGGUGGUCUCCUUCCUCCACCGCUUGCACCUGGGCAUCUUCUACCUCAACGGUGCUUUCUACCACAUCGCCAAACGAUUCACCAACAUCACCUAUCUAUGUGUGCGUGGUCUGUUCCGUGACAGUGCUGGAAUCCGGUGGAGUUAUGAAUUGCUAGGGAAGGUUUCAUUGCUGCAGUUGGUCCUGAUGGUCAUCAUGCAAGUUAACAGCCACAGGCAGAGGCAGCGUGCCCGGCAAGAGUGGAAACUUCACCGCGACCUUCCAUGCUCAAGAAAUCCCUCCCAGGACCUCCCAGUCCGCAACUCCCGGUGUAUACUGUGUUUGGAAGAACGAAGGCACUCGACAGCUACUCCAUGUGGCCACCUCUUCUGUUGGGAGUGCAUCACGGAAUGGUGCAACACAAAGGCAGAAUGUCCUCUCUGCCGGGAGAUGUUCCAGCCCCACAAACUAAUCUACUUGCGUCAUUACAUUUAGGAUGAAAGAACCUGCAUUAGUAUGCCAAUUGCUGGAGGUGGCUAUUGCUUUAGUCAUGAAAUAGCUUGUUAUGGAAAUUCCCUGUCAGCACUUCCAUUUGAGUGAUGCACUUUUACCUGAAUAGAAUUAGUUUGGCAGUAUCCACUCGAGUCAUAUGAAAUAGUAAAUCCACUUGACCAAACAGGGCCUAAUAAUUAUAGCUCUUGGCAAUCAUACCAAGAACACUGAAGUUCAGGGUGUUGCUUAAUGGCUAAUAUUAAGUCUUAGACAAAGGAUGUGAUCUGUAAUUAAGUGCAGUAGUUUUCACCUUAUCUCCCCAUCUGCUCCCCAGGAUAUUACUUGUUUUUCAGGAAAGAAUGGGGAAAGAUGCCAUGAAUCUGAGAUUUAGACUAUGCUGUCUCUCAUUGAGUGCAGUAUUAUCCUCAUCUACUUUAAGUCUACGAUCUGAUGAGCAUUUGGGUGCACCAACUGACUUUCUUGAUUUGGGAGGUUCAUUAACACACCUGUUGGGAAUGGAUGAAGGAAAACUUAAAAGCUUCCACCACAUUUGAUUAUCCUUUAAGAAAAUGCCCGAUUUAAAUAAAUAAACACAGUUGAGUGAUCAGG